AUGACCGUCUCUUCCGAAGAAACCCCUUACAUGCUGUCGCCCCUGGACCACACCAUCCCCAAGAUCUACGUUGCCUUUUUCCUAUCCUUCCCUCUGGAAACCCCGGAAGAUGGUCUGCGAUCGCUCAAGAAAGGGAUCACCAAGCUCAUCCAACGUCUUCCGGUUCUGGCAGGGGACACAAUUCUGCGCGCAAGUGCCCAUGGCCACAAAAACGUUCAGUUCGUACAGAAACCAAACGAAGAGACGGCUGCCAUCCCCAUGCUGCAAGUCAGACACCAUUCGAAACUCUCUCUCCACGAGAUAUCAGCCCAGAAGGUCAAGAGUGGCGUGGAGAGCCUGCGGUUGGCUGACGCGUGUACGCCCCUGCCGGAUUUUAUCAGUCCCCUGGAAAGACGACCCAUCUUGCGAUUUGCCGCCAAUGUCAUGACAGAUGGGAUCCUUCUGGCAAUGAGCAUCAAUCAUUCCUUUUUCGAUGGAGGCGGGGCGGGGGCUAUCAUGGAAGCCCUGGCAGAGUGCUGUCGAACGUCGGACUCUGACCUGAGCUUGCCGAUCUUCAACCUGUCCGAUCAGGCCUCACGAGGGAAAUUGUCGUCUCUCGGUACUACUACGGGGGUAGAGGCUGCUGAUAUGGACCACUCCAAACAGUACAAUGCCACGGGGACGAUCCCUUGCCUGUCUUCGGGCGAGUGGUCAGGCAUGAUGGAAUCCUUCGCCACAUCCCUGACGAGCUGUCGCCUUGAGCUGUCAGCCAGCAAACUGGAAAGGUUGAAAACUGUCUGCAACCAGAUUCUUGCCCUCGCCUCAUGCCCAGAUUGGCCACUGUAUGUGUCCAGUAACGAUGUCCUUUCCGCGCUGAUCUCCAUCUGUCGGAACAAAUGCCACGAUGCCCACGGUGGCAAGGAAAGCGAGCUCACUACCAUUGUCAAUAUGCGGCGUCGAGUAGACCCGCCCUGCCCCGAUCACUACCUGGGGAACAUGAUCACGGCGGUUCAUGCCCCGAUCCCAUCAUCCGAGCCAGAAUUGCCCGUCGACCUCUCUCGAUUCGACGACCUUGGACUUGGACGCGAGGACCUGCUCCGGAUCACCGCCGCCGCGGCUCGAAUCCGACAGAGCAUUUUGGUAGUCGACGAUCGACAUGUACGGAGUCUGAUGGGCUAUUUGCCGAAGAUGCACGACUGGAAUGCAAUCAAUAUGAGAUCAUCCGAUCUUUCGAUCUCCAGUUGGAGGGACUGGAAGGUGUACGGGUUCGAUUUUGGGCGACAUCUGGGAGCCAUCUCGCAUUUCCAGAUGCAUUUCGGGUUGAACGGCGGCUUGACGGUCGUCAUGCCGGCGGGUGGGAAGAUCGGGGCGGAUUGGGACAUCCAACUCAUGAUCAAGUCCACCGAUUGGCCUUCGUUGCAGAGUAGCCAUCUGUUUCAAUGGGCAUUCGGGGCCUGA